AUGAAUACCAGUGCAAGAGACUGGAUAAAACACCCAGAGAAAGUUUCCCUCAUCGUUGAACUAUACCGAUUGUUUGCUCAAGAUUUUGGAGACGAUCUCUUUGAAGACCUUGAUACUACAACCGGAGCAAAGUCUGGCUUCCAAGGUCCCCCUCAGGCCCUCUCUUUGAUACAAGAGUACUCGUUCAGGUCCUACUCGGAUUUACCUCUUGAUUUUCGGUUUAAACGAGCAAUGACCCUUGAUACUUGGUGGGUGCACUGUGUAUCCCCAACUACGCUCCAAAUUGCGAUGGGCGGUGAUCGUAUCGAUCCUGCUGCGUAUCUUCUUAAGAAUGAUGACGGAGAGACUCUCCUUUGUCAAAUUGUGAGAGGUAUGGCGGUUGAUUUCUCCGCCAAAAGAACCGACAAUCUUCAGCAAUGGCGUCAGCUUCUUUCCGGUGCAAUUGCAGCCUCUGCCGAUCCCUGUCACUUGAUGUUCUGCUACGGCAGAGCUUUUACGCCUUUCGUACAGUUUUUGGUCUAUUUCACGAAAAACUGGCAAGAACUUAAGCGGGCUCGAUAUGAUUUUAAUCCCAUUGUUCGGCUAUGGGCAUCAGAGCUCAAAUUGGCAGGUGUUGAUCUCACACAUUACGGGGCGAAGGAGAAAACCUUGUACACAUCCGGUGUCGUGAAUCUAGAUCUGUCGAUAUAUGUUGGACUUGAAAAGUCCGGGCCGGCGUAUGAUCCUAACCAGGGUGAAUAUCUCGAUUUUCACGUCCUAUCUCUAGAAUAUAGCUCCAAUCCUGAAGAUUGGAAGCUAUGGGUAAACAAUCCAGUUGAUGAACUGGUGGGAGAGUUUUGGGAAAUGACAGAGAAGAGGGAGGAAAUCAUGCCUGGUACAUGGAUAGAUUAG